AUGCCUCCCAAGAAAGCCUUCAACUGGGGGCUGUGGAUCAAGGUCCUAGUGGGCGGAACAAUUAUCAGUGUUGGAGGGCCAGCGCUCACAUUCUGGCUGGUGCCAACCGAGGAAGAACUGAGAUCCAGGUACAACCCCGAGCUCCUAAAGAGGAGCUUGGAGGGCAGAGAGGAAAGGCAGCAGGAGUUUGACCAGUUUGUCACACGGCUAAAGGAAUACUCCAAAUCCGAUAAACCAAUCUGGGCCGUCAUCAAGGAGGAAGAAGAAAGGAAGAAGAAGGCAGACCUGGAAGCCGCACGGCUGCAGAAACAAGAGGCGGCAGCUCGAAGAGACGAAAUGCGGCGAGAAGCUGGCCUCGGGAAAUAA